CAAGCGAAAGCGAAACCUGACAGUCCGUCUGGUGACUUUUGAGCGAGUGGUUCACGUUCGAACUGCGCUCCGUUUCCGCGCGUCUGAAGUAAGUUGUGUAACAGUGUCCACAGUGUAUUUUCGUGAUACCAGCUAAUUUGAAUGUAUGCGUUAACAAUCAAACGUUGCGGUUUAGUACAAGGAUUAUCUUGACCGGACCACAACCAAAAUCGUGAAGAGUUGUUGUGAUUAAUAAAAUGUGCUGCUUAUUUUAUCUCAUUGGAUGAGAUCUUACAUUGUCCGUAAAUCAGUUACAAAUACUUAUUGUUAUCGGAGAUACUUGGCACACCUUCUUGAGGUUUUCAGUUGGCCACAAUUCAAAAAUUGGAAUAAAGUGAAGCCUGAGGGCAAGUGUUUUUUUUUUUUAAAGUGCGAAUUGUUAAAACGAAAAAUCAAUUUUCGCUAGUGAAGCUACUGCGUCGGCGAGUUCAUGACGAAUCCUAAGUGAAAUGUUAGUGAUUUGGAAAACCCUAACUUACCAAUUAUCAAAAUUAACCCAAGUGAUAAAUGCAUUCUUCGAAUCAUUGUAAGUUUAGAAGAGCGUUGUGAUCACGUACUACUCAAGUAUGGUUUUAUAUAAAAUAGAACAACGUUUGAAGGCGAAAAUACACGUUAAAAGGAUUUAAUUGAAGGUUGAAAAAACCUUUUAUCGACUCCCGCGUUGGCUUCUUAUAGCUCGCUCUUCGAGCUUAUCGCACGGCUGGUAAUCCUGAACAGCUUCAUUUCAUCUUCUGAAUUCUUCCUGUGAAACAGGUCCCACGUUUCAUCGUCGUCGACCAGUGAUCUUUACUAGUGUGAUCGACGGUCAGUGUCGAACCAUUUUCGGGAAAUAUCGCUAGUAUUGAACCGCAGGAACCCGUUCCAGCCUCACUUCCGCAACAGUAAUGAAUAGCGAAAAGUAACCGGUGCCUUAUUAGCGUGUAACCGGUAUCGAACAACAGAAGCAACCGGUGUCCCUCACUGUGGUGAAGAAUAAGUAGUAGCAAAACAAUUUAAUUGAAGACCGCACUACUGGUGAUAAACAGCAAGCACGCCGACCAGCAGAUAAGUGAUUGUGGGACGGUUAAAUUUAUGCUUUGGCGCAGUAUCAGCACUUUUUUAAGCAGCAGUAGCCUUCUAGAUUCAUGAUGCAAUCGUCUAUCCGGGUUGCCAGCAACUACAAAUAAAACAGGACACUAAUCUUAGGUGAUUCAAAGGAGAGAUCUAAUUUCACAAUCAACAAGCAGACUUUCUAUCAGACAAAAGACUGGGGCAUAUUUAACACUCGGUUUUACGCAUCGAGGAAAAUGCUAGCCUGAUUAAACAAACAGCGGCUCCCGCGUUGAUAGGCCAGCUUGCGCUGGAACCAAUUUUCCUCUCGUGCAGCCAUAGAUAAGUACAGCAACGAAAGUAAAGGUAGUUGUAAUAACAGUGUUCACCAGAGAGCUAGAAGCCCUCCGGAGCAGCAGGUUAUUUUGCAGCUGAUCUUGAAAAUAAUUAACCUUUUUCACAAAAGGGUCAGUCCACAUCCACGACGCGUGAAAGUAAACCGCGCGCGUAGAAGAUAAGCAGGUUGCAGUUGUUGUGACCUAGAAAGAUUCGCGCAAACCUUAUAGUAACCAAGCGUAUGGUGGUGGCAGCUGUCGGAAAUUGAAGCAGAAAAUCAGUUCUUAUGAUCGUUCCGGGCAGUAGUGGAGCGUCUCCUGCAGCACCCGUUCGAAGACUGCGAACCACCCAGCCGCGUCAGCAUGAGUACAAACUCGCCCGGAACGCCGAAGAAGUGCCGGCUCAUACUGCAGCAAUGCUUGGCGAUACAGCUCACCAAGCCCGGCAAUCCGCCGGAGGAUUUCUGGAUGUACGAUAGCGGUUAUACGAUAUUUCAGAAUUUUCUCUCGGCAAACCUGCAGUGCUGGUGGAAUGCCCCGCUAGCGGCCGCAACGAAAGUCCUGAAAUAUCUCGGACACAUAUCGCCCGGAAUGCUGCUGAUAACGGCCGAACCGUGCGCUCUCGAAAUCAUUCGAAGUGCGUACGCGCGGAGUGUCCUAAAACCGCCGGCCACCUAUCUGAUCAGUUCCGUAGGUGACAUUGACGAUUGUAUUGUGUCACCGAUAGUGCAAACACAGUUCACACCACUCACCGAGGCGCUUUGUGACGUCAUCAUGGAACUAACAGCACAAGGCCAAUCGGCAACUAUCGAGAAUAUUCGUUCGAGACUACGGACGAGAUUUACACACAUGCAGCAACCUUCGGUGGAGAUGAUCUACGAUACGCUUGUGCAGCUCAUGCAAGAGAUCAAAAUCUAUCAAACCUCGAAAGGGUACUUCAUCGUCACGCCCGAGAAACGACGUAGCAAAUCCAAACCGAUCGAUUAUGGUUUUGCAAGCGACGAGACCUCACCACCCCAGAAGGAUUCGAAAACGCUGCUGAUGAGCAGCCACGAAGCGUUACGCAGUCUCUACGGUGAAAUUUCGACCGAGCGCGACGGCGAUCAGACGCAUCAGUGCAUUCAAACCAACCUGGCCGAUGUUAUCUGUGGAGGUAAUCCGAACGACAAGAUCCUGUAUCCGAGAAGCAGCAUCAGUAAGCAGCGCAAUUCCACGUUGGCCGGUAGUCACAAAACAUUGGAAAGACGCCAUAGCUUGCGAAUUUUUGGCUCUUCGAAGCGACUACAGCGAUCCGCGUCCACCCGGAGUCUAUCCAAGAACUACUCUCAAACGAUAUCAAAGGACAACAGUCCUCCUUUGGCGACCAGCUCAAGCUCAGACAACCAAUCUAAUUGUGAUACAAAGAAACAAGCUUCUUCGCCAUCUCUUCUAUCGAGGAUCUUCAGGCGAAGCACUCGAUCAAAGAGCAAAACAAAACAGAUCGAGACGUACUCAGCGCAGUUUCCACCACCAGAGUGGUUCAACUCUAAAACAACGCAUCUACACAGUGUUGGCACACAGACUAUGGAUUAUUUGGACAUCCCCGUCAAAUCUCGCCUUAUGAAUUCGACAUUCUAUGACAGUUCGGACGUGAGUCAACGAUCAUUAUCGCUACCGAGACGACGCCACCACCGCCGAAAUCUGUCUAGCGAAUCGACGUUCUUCAUAUCAUCGCGUGACUGUUCGCCGGUUCGUCGAGGAAAGUCACCAUCCUACUAUUGCGGCAGUUUACCACGAUCCAUCAACUCUACGCCUGCCGGUUCAGGAUACUACAAAGCAUCUCGGGGCAAGCAACUGUCGUCGGCGGACAAACUGCACUGCAACAGUCAGAAUAAGAUCGAAAACAAAGCUAGUCGAGUCGGUAGUGGUCCAUCCAGUAUCGACAGUGGUAAGAUGACCUACAUAACCUCGGGACCGUCCAGCUUUGACAGCGAAAAGUUGUCCUCUACCCGAACAAGCACGCAUUCCAGUUUGGAAUCUCACGUCUCGGCUGCAACUGUUACCACGACAAUACAGCAGACUACUUCAAGCUACUUUAUAGCUAACGACACGAAACCUUCAUACAUGAACUCCGGGGGAUCAAAAGAUCCACCGUCUUCUGCAGUAACUACCACGACCACAAAUGGAACGAAGAGUAACAGUAAUCACCAUUACAAGGGGUUUGAAACCACCUUCGGGUAUAAUAACCAGGCCAUCAACACAAACACAAAUCACCAUAGCAAUAGUAGCACUAACAAUAGCAACAUAGUUAAGAAUUCACUGAAUGCACUUUGUAAUGAAGUCAUUACGAACAACGGCAUUUUAACAAGCACCAAUAGUAGUAAUCUUUUAAAGAUAGAAUCGGAGAUAACCAAUGCAAGUAAUGACAUGGACUUUUGUCCUCGAAACGAUCAAAUCUCAGCUUUAAACGGAACCCUGUUAAACUUCAAGCUCAAUUCGGAAACACAACCGGAUAUGCACGAGCUGAACAAAUACAACAAGAACAUAAACAAACAGGACAACACUCCGAUGAACAAUAGUAAAGCUUUGCCAUCAACGCCUCCAGUACAACCGACCAAUUUUUUCUACAAAAACGUCCUCAAAAACAUCCAGCACGACGCUAAGAAUAUCUGCGGUGAUCUCGCCACCGACAAAGAUUUAACCGGCUCGAUGGGCAGUAACCUACAACAUAACGACCAUCAGUCGAACCUGCGUCGUUCGAAUUCGGAAAUUAAAAAACUCAACUCAAAUCUCGAGCUUAAGAAUCAAACCUAUCCGUCGGAAAAGAUCAGCGGAUUAAUAGUUAUGAAGAAAAGCCUCUCUGUGUCUAGCGAACCGAACCUUACCAACCAGAUGCAGGAAACGAACAAAAUCACAAUUCUGGUGAAGGACACAGACAAACCCAACAAUUCCGACCGACGAUUUUCCUUCCAAAACAAGGACGAUCAGAUGAUCGAGGAAAUGUAUGACUUUCCCAGCCUCACCGAUUUGAGCUUCAACUUCACAUCGCUAGCAGCUCAGAAGAUUUUGCAAGGGGACGCCAGCCUAAACAGUAUUGAUACCCUGGUGGAGCUCAACAUCAACCAGGAAAAACAACAGACAAUAAUGAAGCUGAAGAGCGAUGCACGGAUCAUGGGACAGCAGUCGCAGGACUCCGGCAAGGUCGUGACCGACUUCGGAAUGGUGUAAUGAGGACGGGACAACAAAAUGACAAAGCAUUCGAAUUGUACAUUAAACCAAGUAUAAGUGCCAAUAUUUUAAUAACGAAAAAGAAUGUAACUAUAAAUAUUUACUAGGUAUUAUACAUGCUAUUAUAUAGUUAAAUCCGUUGAUUAAUUGUAUUAUACAUAUUCAAUGAUGAAAAAUAAUCUAUUACCGAAUUUAUAGAACGAAAAACAUUAAAACCAACUUUUGGUGAGUUGAACACUGAACUAUGACAUAUAAUCAACGUAAACAAUCCGGUCCCUGAGGUGAAAACCUGUUCGAAAUAUACUGAAAAACAAAAAACAGUACCCAUCCGGGAAUUUGUACAACAUAAUCCUUUUGUACAGCAAUUGUAUGUAUAAUUAAAUAUAAUAAAUAAAUCAAAAAUA